GUGUUAUAAUGUAGCCCUCCUGGCAGAAAAUGACAUGUUUSAACACUUCAUUGCUCGUCUGGAUCCUCAGCACUUGGAGUCCAAAGUUGGGGGAGAAGGUCUGCAAUUAACACAAGGCUCCAACGUGGAUGGUGGGGGAGCUGAGAGGAGGCAGAGGCCUCAGUACAACUUAUCAGAGCCUCUCCAGCUGCUGACCUUGGAGCAAAAACUUCAUGUGGCACAGAGAGAAGCAACUGAGACACAGGCAGAUCAGGAAAAAYUUAAAGCGAACUACGAGAGAAUUCUGGACAACUACAAGUCUUUGAUAAAAGAAGCCGACUUGCGUUCAACUGAGAUCAAGAAAGCCAAAAAAGAUUUUGAACGCAGUUUCUUAAAACCUAUGAAAGGCAGUUUUCUGGAAGUAAGGGAGCCAGAGAAGGUGCUCCAGCACAUCGAAGACAAAUCAAAGGUAAAGUCGGGCUUCAGUCAGAUAAUAUCUGCACAUGCAAGAACAUUUUUUGAGCAGUUUCUGUGUUCUUAUACUUCUAUUUUUUUUCCCAAAAACAGAUGUUCCUUCUAGCAAGCAAUUUCCACCACUUAUUCACAUA